AGCAAUUAGCACUUCACCAAGUUAAACACCUGGAGGUCGAUAUAGGCUGCAAGCAACCCACUACCCAACUCACAAUGGCAUUCCUUAAUGCAGUCUAUUUUAGACUUACCAAGAUGAAUCCAAAUUGCUCUGGUCUCGGAAGAAUGUGUGCAAAAAUCUUGCCUGGUUUGCGAAGCAGUCAUAUUUUUUUCUUUUAAACUUUGUAGUUUCCCAAAUCAGUCAACAGAUUUAUAGAAAUAAAAAGUAAUCGCAUACAUUUGUUAGAUUGUUGAUAAAAUAUUUUGUGUGUAGGGAGACUGAAACAUCUGAUAAAACAAUAACAGAGCAAUAUCAAACUGAUAAGGCACCCAAAAAAAAAAAAAAAAAUAUGAUUACCUUAAAAUUUGGUAUUUCACUUAAGGUGUUAUUAAGCACAAAAUAUAUCCAUAUCAAGACUGUAGGUGCAGUUUUAAGACAUGGCAAAUUCUCCUCUUAUGAGAAUAUAUUUUUGAAUGCGGGAAAGCUACUAAAUUUUUUUUACCCCAUUUGACAUCUACUGUACAGGCCGUAAAGUAUGGUAUAUCCUCGUAGUGGUUUGUUUCAUUAGAGAUCUUAUUGUUUACCUUCAAACUGAUGUACUUUUGAUGUUAAUUGUCUGAAUGCACAUAGUUUGUGUAUUGCACAGUCAUUCAUAGGAAGUAGUGUGUUGCAAGCACUUGAGAAAAUACCAUAGUUUAUGAAAUGCUUUGUAUAUUGGAUAAUACCAUAAGAGGGAUAUGCGGCCGUGAUGAAAGGAACCUGAAGAAUAGAAGACAAAUCUUACUGUUUGAGAACUUAAUGAGUAAUCACUAAUUACAGUAUUGUAAUAUCAAUAUGAAAACGAUUUAAGAAACAUGAAAAUGCAUUGAUCUCUAAGUUUGUGCAGAAAAAGAAACAGAGAAGAACAAUUGAAAGAAGUUGAUAAAUGAUCUUAUGUAGUUCAAGAUAUUAAAGCAUCUAGAAAACAUGGGGAAACCUUUAGAUGAAGAAAGCACCAACUUUUUGCGUGUUACUGUUGUUUUGCUCAAAGGUGGGAAGAAGGUAUUGUAUAAGGUUUACAUAUGGGGAUGUGCUAAACCAUUGAAUACUCCCUUGAAAGAAUACCUUUUAUCCAAAGGCAUGACAAGUAAAAUGUACAAAACUCGCUUUCAUAGUACCCAGAGGGAAAUUAUUGAAGCUGAUCCUAGCGGAGCAUCUUAUGACAUUACAUUACUCUACCAGUGCAUCCGGACAGCAUGCAGUAAUCUUGCAGUGGAGGAUAGUGUAUGGACCAUUCCAAGUGAUACCCUGGAGUAUUUUAUUUAUCAGAUUAAAGAUCAGAGGAAUUCUCUUGCUCAUGGCACAACCACUGAUAUAGAUGUGCAAGAAAUGAUCAGCAAGAUUGAAGGUUUAAGACUCUUAUUUCUGAAGACAUUGCAGUUGGCAGGCAAAAGAUUCAACAAGGACCAUGAAGUUACCUAUGUAGAGAAUGACCUGAACAAAAUGAUCAACAGAAUCAGAGAUGAAUCUGAUCGAUUCACAAAGGCAUUAGCAGCUCAGAGAAAACAACUCAGAGAAAUUUUGGUUACUGAAGGUGGGAAAGAGCUGAGGGAACAUUAUAAUUUUUACACAGAAGUGGAUCCUAGUACGUUCUUAUGGAAAAAAAAGAAACCAAAAGUCACCUCAGUUUUCACGAAGCUUGAGUUGGUUCAGGAGUCUGCUGACAGUAUUAGAGAAGAACCAAGAUUAGAGAAUCUUUUAAAGAUAAAAAAGCAUGGAAAAAUUCCACGAGUUAUCCUUCUAGAAGGAGUAGCUGGUUCCGGAAAGAGCACUGUCACCUCAUUCCUUAUUGCUGAUUGGUGUUCAGAGGGUGGAAAGAUUAGUGGUCUUCAAGGUUUUGAGCUUUUGCUUCAUAUUCAGUGCCGCAAUCCCCAUGUUUCAAGUUUCUUGGGGCAAUUAUUGUUUCUUUUCCAGAAGACUUCCGGUCGAAUGAAAGAAGAUGACCUAAUAAGGUCAGUGCUAAUGUCAAAAGUGCUUUUUGUCAUUGAUGGUUUGGAUGAAGCAAAUAAUGCAUCACAGAAACUUAUCAGAGAGAUAUUGCAGAAGCACAUCAAAGAAAAGAAUCCUAACAUUAGAGUGUUAUGUACAACUAGACCACAGAGUGUAGAGCAAUUUCAUAGAUUGCUUCCUGAGGAAACUUCAGUAAUUCACUUGAAAAUUGUUGGUAUCCCUGUAGAAGAACAAUCUAAAUUCAUUGCCAGAUAUCAUGAACAGUUGAAACAUGGAGAAAACAGUCAACAGGAUAUCAAAGAACUUUUAAGUUAUAUUCAAUCCACAUCACAGAUUUCAGAACAUUUUCGGCUUCCACUCAACCUAGUGUUCUUGACAUACCUUUGGAUGUUCUCCAGAAAGUCAUUUGGUAAGUUAUAUUCAGCAACAAAUCUUUACAUGGAAAUUUUGCAGCUGACAAAGAAGAAGCUUAUAGUUCGGCUUCAGUCUCAUCUUCAUUACCUGGAUCCUGAGGAAAUUAGAAUUAAGUGUGAACAUUUUCUUGAAGUGAUGUAUCAGGAGAGUCUUCUGGCUUUGUGCCAAAAUUCAGUCCUCCUAAGUACUGUGGGCACUGAAGUCCUUAAGAAUAAAUGCAAAAGCUUAAGAUUGCCUUCAACUGAAGUUUUAUCAGGAUUUUUGACCCUCUCAAAGACUUGGACAGGAAAAAGUUAUAGAGAAGAGUUUUCCUUUCCACAUAAAGGACUACAAGAUUUUUAUGCAGCACAAGCAAUUAUUGCUUCAAUUACUCAAAAGGAAGACAAGGAUUUCUUGGAGAAUGUGAGAAGUGGAAUUGUAAAAGUUCUUGCAAAGAAUAACAUUUCAUCAAAAAUAUCAUCAGAAAUAGUGUCUGCAACAGAGAAUAUUUUAAUUGCAUCAUUGUCAAAACCAAAACACAUUCUGUCCAACUUGGAAGACCUUCACAGGAAUGAUCCUUCACCUCUACAGAUAAACAAUUAUCAGAAUGUUCUUUUUCAUUUGGUAGGACUGCUGAAAAAUGAUGGAGAAAAUACAUUGCAAAAGCAUGCUAAAGAAUUAGUUGAGUUGUUAAAUAAAUCUGGAGUGAAGGAUUCAGAGCAGUGGUUGGACAUUUUAGCAGAAGUAGACUGUGCCCCAGUAAUGAUGGAAGAAGUGGUUAAGUUCAUGCCCACACACAGAUGGAGUGUUCGAGAUGGACACCUGAAAAGUGCACUGAUGCUUUUUCCAAAGGUCCCAGUCAGACAAGUUGAUUUCUUAAUAGAGAAAAACCCAUAUUCUGUUCCCUACCUGAAAGAAAUGCUUGAGCAGGUUGCUUCUACCAAUUGUGAAAUCCAAUUGAACUUGCACUAUCACUGGCAGCACCCAGAAGCAGAUUCAUCAGAUGAGAUUCUUGAAUAUAUAAGUCAAUCACGAUGCAGAUUGAUCAAGUUCAUGGGUUCCUUGGAUGACCUUUCUAAGCUGAGUCCGCACAAGAAGUUGGAACAGGUUUAUAUUGCUUUUGGAAAAUCUUUUGCCAAGUCUGCAGGGGGCUCGCAGGAUGUCCUGAAGACUCUGAGGAACAUGGAUUACCUUUAUAUCAAUAUUUUAGCUGGUCUACCUGUCGAGAACCUCCCUGUUCUCCCUGAAACAAGAUUCCCAAUUGAUUUAUGGCUGACACAUGUGGAGGAUUCACAUGAAGAGUGGAUUAAGGCCGUUGCAUCCAAGUUUAAACUUCUCUCAACGCAAGUUUGGAGCAUCAGAUUUCCAAGAAGCAGCUUAACUGAAAAAGGCUGUGUUUAUUUGUUUGGAGCACUUAAAGACAUGAAUAUUGGCAAGGAUGGAGUGUGGGUCAGCUCUCCACAUAUAACAGCAGAAAGUGCCGAAAAACUCAAGCAAAUAUUUUUGAAAGUGGUAAAAACACCCUUCAGAAGGGUAGAUGAUGUGAGUAUAUGGUCUUUUUAGUUCUCAAGAUAUAUGUGAUAAAAAUGAUGAAUACAGGAAUUACUGUUUUUAUAUUCAUAUUUAAUAUUUAGAAAAAAUUGUUUUUCCUAAUAUUCUGUAUAUAAUUGAAAAUUAGUUCCUAAGAAAAUUAGCUACAUGUAAAUAUAUGUAGGUAUUGCCAAAGAUAAUUAUGAUCUAUGGGCCUCAUAUACAUUGUUUGUGAAAACAAUCAAACAAGUAAUCUCACAGUGGUUAAGUCACAAACAUUGAUUAAUUCUGGCAAUUCUGUUGUGCACAGUGGCAAAUAAGUAUAAGCAAAUGCUGCACAAAGAUAGUGUUUUUUUAAUAAUUAUAUAUGGCCCUAGACAUCAUUGUGUACUCAAACUUAGAAUAGAAAAAGUAGUGAUUGUUUUACAGAUUAUUUAGAUUUAUUUUUUAUAUAUCAAGCACUUGUUGAAUUGAAGCAAAAUAUAAUUUGUUUGAAAGAAGUUUGCAUUUGCACCAAACCCAAUUGUCCCAUAUAGCAUGUGGAACCAUCUGUAUGUAAUAAAAUUGACCAAAAAAUAUAGGGGUCAAAACAUUAAUCCAGGGAGGUUGGGUUGAAUAAGCAUAAGCAGAAAUACAUAUAGUUUUUUGUU